AUGGAGAGCCUUGCUGCAGCAGCUGCAUCGAUACAGCAAACACUCACAGAGACACAGCAGCAAACUGCGAAUGAGAGACAGGAAGCAGCAACCCUAGCAGCUCGCUUUGCUGCUGCUGCUCAGCGGCAGCACCACCUGCUCUCCACACAAGCGAUUCCUGGUAUUUAUGUGAGGCGCCCCAAAGUUGAUGCCUGUGCAUACCGCCGCGAGACGCGUCUGCAGCAAGUGCCUUCUGCUGCUGCUGUGGCAGCAGCAGCAGCAGCAGCAGCAGCAAAGCGGCAGUUGAGUCCCCGGCGGGUGCUUGGCGUAGAAGUCGAUUUGCUGCUGCAGAAGCCCUCUGCGGCUGCUGCUGCAGCGCAGCAGCUCGUAGCCGCAAAGGGAGCAGCAGCACUUGUUCAGGAACUGAAGCAAGCCAAUGCGCUGCUGUCUCUUCGAGCCCCGAUUCAGCAGCAGCAGCAGCAGCAGCAGCCGCUGCAGCAGCAGCUGCGCAGCAGCACCACGAAGGGCAAUCAUGAAGAAGCGGCAGAGCCCGAGAAGAAAAGAUGA